AAAGUUAGCUUCUCUAUGGAGAUACAUGAUAAAGUUGCUCCUAAAUCUUUUUUGCAGGGUCACAAAGAAUGGGUGACAGAAGUAAAUGUUUUAGGGGUUGUUGAACAUCAAAAUCUUGUCAAACUGGUGGGUUACUGUGCAGAGGAUGAUGAAAGAGGAAUUCAACGGCUUCUGAUAUAUGAAUAUAUGCCAAACAGAAGUGUACAAGAUCACUUAUCAAGUCGAUCGCAGACAACAAUUCCUUGGGCCACAAGACUGAAAAUUGCCCAGGAUGCUGCCCGAGGCCUAGCAUACCUCCAUGAAGGAAUGGAGUUUCAGAUUAUCUUUAGAGAUUUCAAGUCCUCAAACAUACUUUUGGAUGAGCAAUGGAAUGCAAAGCUUUCAGACUUUGGGUUGGCUAGAUUGGGACCUUCAGAUGGAAUAAGUCAUGUCUCAACUGCGUUUGUAGGAAGAGAGAGAGCAAUUUAUCUGAUAUCCAAAUAGGUUGUAGGAACAAUUGGAUAUGCAGCUCCUGAAUACAUUCUAACCGGCC